ACAUUUAAUUACUAAUAUGGUACUAUAGUACUUGUGAGGUGUUAUCCAAUGGUUUCAACGUAUAAUUAAAGUUCCAAUGGUUAUUGAUCUAGAAUGACGUCCGUCAACGAUGACAUACCAUUCGAACACCCGACGGGUUUGGGACCGUCUUCAAAUCGACAGUCACCUGUCAAAUCAAAUGCCAUUGUUAUGUACUCAGCGAUCACGAAUCCAGUCAGUUUUGCUACUCUACAGUCCAACACGGAUAUCAAACUUCCGCCUUCAAACUGGCUGAAAAGUUAUGCUGACUCUUAUGGCCUUAACUACUCCCUGCCGAGGACUACUGGAUUCACUAGUUUUCACAUGGCAAAUAUGUUUCCCGAUUGCGUCGGGGAAGUGGAUGUAGUCUCAGAUGCUGAAAAUAUAAAAAAACUGUUGAAGAUCCCUUACAGCGACAGCACGGUGAGCAUGAUGGUUCAUAGAGUGGAAAAUACUUUGCUGAUCGACGAAUUUGAUAUACAUAAACAUCUAUUAUCUAGGGCUGAAAAUGACUGGACUUGGCUCAGGAAAUUUUUCUUCGAUCACAUCAUUGAAACUCUGAGUGCCAAAGAUAAAAGCAUUUCAUUACGAGAGAAAAGUAGGUAUGCUCUACAACAAAAAUCGUUGGUGUCUAAAUUUCUCCACUACAGUCUUGUGGAGCCAGAAGAAGAAGUUGAGACAAAUGAUCUACCUUUGAAUACCCCAUCUUUACCUUUAACAAGAGAGCCAGCUCUCCCGGAGCCACCCCUCGAAGAAGGGUUACCAGAUUCAUCAAAUUACAAGUACAUUCGUAAUGUUGUGUGGUCCUUUGAGGAUAUCCAGAUGCUUCUUGGGACAGAUAUGCCAAUAUUUGGAGGGCCGACAAGACCUUGUAUAAGUCUGAGAUUACGAGAUGCGACAAAACCAAUUAGUGUUUUAACCGGUAUCGAUUAUUGGUUGGAUAAUUUAAUGUCAAAUGUACCAGAAGUGGUUAUGUGCUACCAUUUAGAUGGGAUUGUUCAAAAGUAUGAGCUGAUCAAGACAGAGGACCUACCUCAUCUUGCUGAGUCCAGAUUUUCGCCAAAACUCAUUAGAGAUGUAGCUCAAAACAUUUUAUCAUUUUUAAAAUCAAAUGCGACAAAGGCUGGUCAUACCUACUGGCUGUUCAAAGGAACAAAUGAUGAUGCUGUUAAACUUUAUGAUUUAACAUCUCUCUGUUCGGAUACGUUGGAAGAAAAGGGGCAGAAUCCAUUCACAGUCCCAGUUGGGAUGCUCUUGUACAGGGUUGCCAGGAAUAUGAAGGCAAACGGUGGUGAAGGCCAAUUGGCCACGAUACGGAUUUUGCUGAAAAAUUGCCUUUCACUUCUUGAUAAAGAGAAAUACCCUCAUAUUGUCACUUCAGCACAUUUUAUUCUUUCAGAUGUUUAUGUCCCUUGUGAUACUGAUCCAUCAUCACCUGAAUUGCUGGUACUUCCCGAAUCAGGAGAAGAUGUUGAUGAAGGGGAAGACGACAGCGAUUCAGGUAUUUUAAGGUCCGUUCCCGUUACAGAUCUUUGUGUUUCGAAUUAUACAAGCAUCAACAAUAAAUACAGCCCACCACCGAUGACAGGCGGGCUUGAAGAAAGAUGUAAUUUAGCUCUUCAGCAUGUCAGCGAAGGCUUAGAUUGCCUUCAAUACUUUGAGAAAUCUAAUUUCAAGCCACAGGAAAAAAUAAAAAAAGAAGAAGAGGAACCAAAAAUGGCCAAACCUUUUGAAGCGAUUCCUAUGCCAUAUUCAAAAUUGGACCAAAAAGAAAAAAAUAAAAAGAAGAGGAACAACUCAGAAAAAGAAAAUGACUCAGAACAAGAUGAUGGGGAGAGCAAAUCUUUAAAAACACUUCUUUGUCGCACCUCACAUGAAACAAUGCCAACAUGGCAGAAAUCAGAUAAAUCUGAUAUUAAUUCCUGGAAAUAUCAUUUGAGCUGUUUAUUGACAAAAAAGGCUUGCCUUGUUUAUUCAAUUCUCAUAGAAAAAGAAAUUUUAAUGGAAAGAUACCAUUUAGCGCUGAAACACAUCCAAGGCGUGCUUAGGUGCUGUGGCAAAAAUAAAGAUCUUGUAGGUUUAAUGUUAAAUAGAGCUGGCGACUGUUUUUUUAACUCUGCAAACAAACCAGAAUUGUGUCAAACAGAGGCUGACAAAUAUCCCACAGUAGAACGACCUGGGCAGUCUCUUUAUGAAAAAGAACUUGAAAUGAUUUCAAAAACUUACGAUGGGCCGGAAGAUCUUUUAAAUGCGAGCAUUGCUUGCUAUACAAGAUCUUUGGAGCUGUAUUAUUCAAUCGAUACCAUGAGAAAAACUGGAAAUGCUUGCAAUGUACUCAACACUUUUUAUACAAACCGAGCUGCAGGACUACUUCAAGAAAACAGGGAUAAAUUUGAUGAAGCCGAGUUUGAAAAGUGUGUGACCAACGCUCAUAAACUUUUGGCCCUUGGGCUCAAAAACUUCGAAGCUGUUGGUGAUAAAACCAACUGUUCUCUACUCAUGUGCAACAUGGGAAGGCUGCAUCGUUUGAAGGCUCAUUCGCCUUCAGUAAAUGCAUCGACUCACUUAUCACCCCAACAGAAACAUUUUUAUAAUAAGGCACUUGAGAGCUAUACAGCUGGCUUACAAUACUUAGGGACGAGAAAAACUAACCCUCAAAUUUGGGAGGUUGUACAUUGGGAAUUAUCAUCGGCUUUGUUCACAUUUGCGACAAUAACUCAAGAUAAUCAACCUCCUACGGUUGAUAAGACAUACAACGAUGUUGAAAGAGAAGUUAUUGAUUUGCUUCAGCGUGCUCUUAAACAUUGUGACACUACAUCGAAUAGUCCGUACCAAUUGCUUUAUCAGUAUCGUGCGGCUAAAUUGCACCAUCGGCUCGCAUCUUUGUAUUAUAAUUCAUACCGAUUUCAUAGUUGUGACACUUCUAAGAAACGAGCACUUCUUCAUCUUCUUGAGGUUCACUAUUCGACAGCCUAUUCACACUUUACACUUUUAGAAAAUCCAGUCGACAUGCUUAGAGUCCAGUUAGAAAGAGAGUCAUUAGAAGAAUAUAUGGCGGAAGAAGGUAAAAGCCAAAAAUUAAAAAAGAAACACUACCUCAACGCUUUGAAAUUGGCAUCUCAGUGUAAAGAAGCCAUUCAAAUCAUAGAGGAGUCUAAUGCUGCAAAAUUGGAUAAAGAAAAGGAAGUCGAAGAAACAGAAGAAUCCGAAGAGGAAGAAACGUUGAUUACACUUUUACUUCAAAGAAUCCAGUUCCUACUUAAAUCUUUAAUCAAAUUAAUUUCUGCUGACAAACAGUCUGGCCCAAUUGAAAAAUUCAAGAUGGCAUAUGCAGCAUCAUUGAAAAAAGAAGCAUCAGACUCAAAAAUUAUUCAUUUGAACAAAGUUUUAGACCUGAUACAAAAAGAAUGCUUAGUUUUAUAAAAAGAAAAAAGAAAAACACACUGUGUUUCAAACUGGAAGACUGCUUUAUCAAUCUUAAUAUUAUACAUAAUUUGGAAGACUGAUUUAUUUGUGAAGAUAUUAGAAGUGCCUUAAUUCAAAGAAAAUUGGAAUCUGUAUAUAUAAUUUUUUUUCUGUAUAAACUUUUACUUCAAGCUGUAGAAAAAAAGUACAAUUUUUCGUUAAUGUUUUUUAAAAAAAUUCCCUGUGAUGUUUAUUGUUAAUUAAAAAAAGAAAUGUUAGUAUUGUGAUGUAUACUGUUUUUAAGCUGUUGUGUUUUGGUUUUUAUGCUUUUUCUUUGUUACAAGAUUCUGUUCAAUGUCUGUAAUUGUACAUUUGUGACUAAAGUAAUAAGGAUAUUAAGUUUUGUAUUUCUCCAAUUUUUUCUUUUUAGUUUCUCUGUUCUAAAUACAUUUUUUAAAAAUUUUA